AGAGUCAACUCUGCCCUGAACCCUAAGUUGACCAGAAGGGAACAGACAGACAGGCAGACCUGACUCCUCUUGGAUUCUCCAGCCAUGAGGCUCCUCUGGGGGCUGAUCUGGGCGUCCAGCUUCUUUGUCUUGUCUCUGCAGAAGCCUAGGUUGCUUCUGUUCUCGCCUUCUGUGGUUCAUCUGGGGGUCCCCCUGUCAGUGGGGGUGCAGCUCCAGGAUGCCCCCCGGGGACAGGUAGUGAAAGGAUCACUUUUCCUGAGAAAUCCAAGCCGAAAUAAUCACCGCUGCUCCCCAAAGGAGGACUUUACCCUCAGCUCAGAAAAAGACUUUGUGCUCCUCAGUCUCCAGAUCCCCCUGAAUAAUGCAAAGAGUUGUGGCCUCUUUGAACUACGUAGAAGCCCUGAGGUCCAGCUAGUGGCCCAGUCAUCAUGGCUGAAGGACUCCCUGUCUAGAACAACAGAUAUUCAGGGUGUUAACCUGCUCUUCUCCUCUCGUCGGGGACACCUUUUUUUGCAGACUGACCAGCCCAUUUACAACCCUGGCCAACGGGUUCGGUACCGGGUCUUGUCACUGGAUCAAAAGAUGCGCCCAUCCACUGACACCCUCACGAUCAUGGUUGAGAAUUCUUUUGGCCUCCGUGUGCUCAAGAAGGAGGUCCGCGUUCCUUCACCCAUCUUCCAGGAUGACUUCACGAUUCCAGACAUCUCAGAACCAGGGACCUGGAAGAUCUCAGCCCGAUUCUCAGACAGUCUGGAAUCCAACAGAAGCACCCUGUUUGAGGUGAAGAAAUAUGUCCUUCCCAAUUUUGAGGUGAAGAUCACCCCUGGAAAGCCCUACAUCCUGACUGCACCUGGCCAUCUUGGCGAAAUUGAAUUAGAUAUCCAGGCCAGGUACAUCUAUGGGAAGCCAGUGCAGGGGGUAGCAUAUGUGCGCUUUGCCCUCCAGGAUGAGGAUGGUAAGAAGACUUUCCUCCGGGGGCUGGAGACUCAGAACAAGUUGGUGGAAGGCCAGAGUCAUAUUUCCCUCUCAAAGGAUAAGGUCCAGGGUACCCUGGAGAAGCUUAAUAUUGGUAUUGCUGACCUCCAAGGACUACGUCUGUAUGUUGCAACAGCCAUCAUUGAGUCUCCAGGAGGGGAGUUGGAGGAGGCAGAGCUUACAUCCUGGCGUUUUGUGUCAUCUGCCUUCUCCUUGGAUCUUAGCAAGACCAAGCGACACCUUGUACCUGGGGCYCCCUUCCUACUGCAGGCCCUGGUCCGUGAAAUGUCAGGCUCCCCAGCUUCUGGCAUUCCUGUAAAAGUUUCUGCCACUUUGUCUUCUGAGUCAGUUUCUAAAAUUCAAGAUUUUCAACAAAACACAGAUGGGACUGGCCACGUCAGCAUUCCCAUCGUUGUCCCGAAGACUAUCACAGAACUGCAGCUCUUGGUGUCUGCAGGCUCCCUCUAUCCAGCCACAGCCAGGCUCACUGUGCGAGCCCCACCUUCAGGAGGUUCUGGCUUUCUGUCUAUUGAGCGGCUGGAUCCUCAACCCCCUCGUGUAGGGGACACUCUCAACUUGAACCUGCAAGCCAUGGGCAUCAGUGGGGACACCUUCUCUCAUUACUACUACAUGAUCCUAUCCCGGGGAGAGAUCGUGUCUGUGAAUCGAGAAGACAGGAGGGCCCUGACCUCGGUCUCUGUGUUUGUGGACCAUCGCCUGGCACCCUCCUUCUACUUCGUGGCCUUCUAUUAUCAUCGAGGCCUCCCAGUGGCCAACUCCCUGCGAGUGGAUGUCCAGGCUGAGGCCUGCGAGGGCAAGCUGGAACUGAACCUGGAUGGCGCCAAGGACUAUCGUAAUGGGGAGAAUGUAAAGCUGCAUCUGCAAACAGAUUCUCAAGCCCUGGUGGCCCUGGGAGCUGUGGACACAGCUCUGUAUGCUGUGGGUGGCAGGUCCUACAAGCCCUUGGACAUGAGCAAGGUCUUUGAAGUUAUGAAUAGCUAUGACCUUGGGUGUGGUGCUGGAGGUGGGGACAGUGCCCUUCAGGUGUUCCAGGCAGCGGGUCUGGCCUUUUCUGAUGGAGAGAAGUUGACGUCCGUUAGAAAGAGUCUGAGCUGUCCCAAGGAGAAUAAAAUCCGGAAAAAGAGAAAUGUGAACUUCCAAAAGGCAUUUAGUGAGAAGUUGGGCCAGUAUUCUUCACCUGAAGCCAAGCGCUGCUGUCAGGAUGGGCUGACACGGCUACCCAUGGCACGCUCCUGUGAGCAGCGAGUAGCUCGUGUGUUGCAGCUGGCCUGCCGGGAGCCCUUCCUGUCCUGCUGCCAGUUUGCUGAGAGCCUGCGCAAGAAGAACAGGACAAGGGGCCAGGUGGGCCUCGCCCGAGCCCUGGAGGUCCUGCAGGAAGAGGAACUGAUGCAUGAAGAUGAUAUUGUGGUGCGCAGCUUCUUCCCAGAGAACUGGCUCUGGAGAGUGGAGACAGUGGACCGUUCCAAAAUAUUGUCAUUGUGGCUCCCUGACUCUCUGACCACGUGGGAGAUCCAUGGCGUGAGCUUGUCCAAAAGCACAGGUUUGUGUGUGGCUAAACCAGUCCAUCUCCGAGUGUUCCGCGAGUUCCACCUGCACCUCCGCCUGCCCGUCUCUGUCCGCCGCUUUGAGCAACUUGAGCUGCGGCCUGUCCUCUAUAACUACCUGGAUAAAAACUUGACUGUGAGCGUCCAUGUGUCCCCAGUGGAGGGGCUGUGCCUGGCUGGGGGUGGAGGGCUGGCCCAGCAGGUGCUAGUGCCUGCAGGCUCUGCCCGGCCCGUUGCCUUCUCUAUGGUGCCCAUGGCAGCUGCUGCUAUGUCCCUGAAGGUGGUGGCUCGAGGAUCCUUUGAAUUCCCUGUAGGGGAUGCAGUGUCCAAGGUUCUGCAAAUUGAGAAGGAAGGGGCCAUCCACAGGGAGGAGAUUGUCUAUGAACUCAACCCCCUGGACCACCGAGGCCGGAGCUUGGAAAUUCCUGGCAACUCUGAUCCAAAUAUUAUCCCUGAUGGAGAUUUCAGCAGCAUCGUGAGAGUUACAGCCUCGGAUCCAUUGGAGACCCUUGGCUCUGGGGGGGCCUUAUCCCCAGGGGGCCUGGCCGCCCUCCUGAGGCUUCCCUAUGGCUGUGCUGAACAAACCAUGAUCUACUUGGCUCCCACACUGGCAGCCUCCCACUAUCUGGACAAGACAGAACAAUGGAGCAAACUGCCCCCUGAGACCAAGGAUCGUGCCGUGGAUCUGAUCCAGAAAGGCUACAUGCGAAUCCAGCAGUUUCGGAAGACAGAUGGUUCCUUUGGGGCUUGGUUACACAGGGACAGCAGCACCUGGCUCACAGCCUUUGUGCUGAAGGUUCUAAGUUUGGCUCAGGAGCAGGUGGGCGGCUCACCUGAAAAACUGCAGGAGACAGCCAGUUGGUUGCUGUCCCAGCAACAGGCAGAUGGCUCAUUCCAGGACCCAUGUCCAGUUAUCCACAGGGCCAUGCAGGGGGGUUUGGUGGGAAAUGAUGAGACUGUGGCUCUUACUGCUUUCGUGGUCAUUGCCCUUCAGCAUGGGCUGGCCAUCUUCCAGGACCAGAGUGCACAGCAAUUGAAGCAGAGAGUGGAAACCUCCAUCUCAAAGGCAAACUCAUUCUUGGGGGAGAAAGCAAGUGCUGGGCUCCUGGGUGCCCAUGCAGCUGCCAUCACAGCCUAUGCCCUAACUCUGUCCAAGGCUUCCCAGAACCUGCAGGAUGUUGCCCACAACAACCUUAUGGCCAUGGCCCAGGAGACUGGUGAUUACCUGUACUGGGGCUCAGUCACUGGUUCUCAGAACAAUGUCGUGUCACCCACCCUGGCUCCUCGCAGUCCAACAGACCCCAUGCCCCAGGCCCCAGCCCUGUGGAUUGAAACCACAGCCUAUGGCCUGUUGCACCUGCUGCUUCGAGAGGGCAAAGCAGAGCUGGCCAACCAGGUGGCAUCCUGGCUCACCCAUCAGGGCAGCUUCCAAGGGGGAUUCCGCAGCACUCAGGACACGGUGAUUGCGCUGGAUGCCCUGUCUGCAUACUGGAUCGCUGCCCACACCACUGAGGAGCGGGGACUUAAUGUGACUCUCAGUUCCAUAGGCCGCAGUGGGUUCAAAUCCUAUGUGCUUCAGCUGAACAACCACCAAAUUAAAGGGAUAGAGGAGGAGCUGCAGUUUUCCCUGAGCAACAAGAUUGAUGUGAAAGUGGGAGGAAACAGCAAGGGAACCUUGAAGGUCCUGCGUACCUACAAUGUCCUGGACAUGAAGAACACAACCUGCAAGGACCUUCAGAUUGAGGUGUCAGUCAUAGGCCAUGUAGACUACACAAGGGAAGCAAAUGAGGAUUAUGAAGAUUAUGAGUAUGAGGAAUUUCCAGCCAGUGAUGACCCAGGUGCCUAUACCCAGCCUGUGACACCCCUGCAGCUGUUUGAGGGACGGAGGAACCGCCGUAGGAGGGAGGUGCCCAAGGUGGCAGAGGAACAGGAAUCCAGAGUGCAGUAUACUGUGUGCAUCUGGCGAAAUGGCAAGGUGGGGCUGUCUGGCAUGGCCAUUGCGGAUAUUACUCUUCUGAGUGGAUUCCAUGCUCUGCGGGCUGACCUAGAGAAGCUGACCUCCCUCUCUGACCGUUAUGUGAGUCACUUUGAGACGGAUGGACCCCAUGUCUUACUGUACUUUGACUCGGUCCCCACCUCCCGGGAGUGUGUGGGCUUUGGAGCUGUGCAGGAGGUGGCCGUGGGGCUGGUGCAGCCAGCUAGCGCCGUCCUAUAUGACUACUACAGCCCUGAGCACAAAUGUUCUGUGUUUUAUGGGGCACCAACUAAGAGCAAACUUCUGUCCACGUUGUGUUCUGCUGAUGUCUGCCAGUGUGCUGAGGGGAAAUGCCCUCGACAGCGUCGCGCCCUGGAGCGGGGGCUGCAGGAUGAGGAUGGUUAUAGGAUGAAGUUUGCCUGCUACUAUCCCCGUGUGGAAUAUGGCUUCCAGGUUCAUGUUCUCCGAGAAGAUAGCAGAACUGCUUUCCGCCUCUUUGAAACCAGGAUCACCCAAGUCCUGCACUUCACCAAGGAUUCCAAGGCUGCUGCUGGUCAGACCCGCAACUUCCUGGUUCGAGCUUCUUGCCGCCUUCGCUUGGAGCCUGAGAAAGAAUAUUUGAUCAUGGGUCUGGAUGGGGCCACAUAUGACCUCAAAGGAGACCCCCAAUACCUGCUGGACUCAAAUAGCUGGAUUGAAGAAAUGCCCUCUGAACGCCUGUGCCGGAGCACCCGCCAGCGGGCAGCCUGUGCCCAGCUCAGUGACUUCCUCCAGGAGUAUGGCACCCAGGGGUGCCAAGUGUGAGGGCUUCUCCUCUCUGCUUCCCAGGUGGAGCCUGAGCUGGAGAAAGGUGACGCUUGGCAGUGCAGCAACUCCUUGGCCUCUGAACACAGCCAGGGACAGGGUCACAAUAAAGCCUUUUGCCAAAGUGUCAGUGU